UUUGCCUCUAGUAACUAAGUGUACAGUACUGACUUGACCAAUAAAGUGAAUUAAGUGGAGGGAGAAUCGUUUACACCAUGAGGAGAGUCUCCACACACCAUCUCCAUGUCUAAAGUUGGACUGAGGCAGAUACUGCUUUAUCAGGAUAGUUUGUCUCCUUCCACACUAUGUUAUGAAGGUUUUCCUGGACGCCGGCAGACAGAGAAAACUCCUCAUCCUGUACCUAUUUAUCUGGAAUAUUGCAGCUGAUUGUCCCGUGCCUGAACAUGGAGAGUACACAGUUAUCACAAAAAAGUCCCAAGUAAUAAAUAAAUUCCCUGAUGGUACUGUGAUCACAUAUGAGUGCAUAGUUGGAUAUGUAAUAGCAAGUGGCACUGGGAUAUCGAACUGCGUCAGUGGGAAGUGGACCAAGCCAGAUAUCAUCUGCAGGAAGAAAGACUGUGGUCCCCUUGAARMAAAACCACACAUGUCAAUUGACACCAGUGAGGGUACUCUGUUUGGUGCAAAAGYAAMAUUAASCUGUGAAAAAGGGUAUGUAUGA